AUGGUGAUAUCAGAGAACAGAUCUAAAACAAUCAACCCCACAGGUUUUGAAGGAGGGAUAAAUUGUGAAAAAAACAGAAAGCUGGGGCAGAACAGAAGGGCGUUGAGCGUGAUCAAUCAGAAUUUAGUGGCGGAAGGGAGAUCUUACCCUUGUGUUGUUAACAAGAGAGCAUUGGCAGAAAAACAAGAUGUUUGUGAGAAGAAGCAGGCGGAUCCGGUGCAUCGACCCAUCACAAGGAGGUUUGCUGCACAAAUUGCUAGCACACAGCAAAAUCGUGCUGAGGCUGAGGGAACCAAGAAGUCAAACUUGGGAAAUUCAAAUUCGAACGGAUUUGGAGAGGUUAUAUUUGUUGAUGAUGAACACAAGCCAACGGGUGACCAACCAGUGCCAAUGUCUUUAGAGCAGACAGAGCCAAUGCAUAGUGAAUCAGAUCAGAUGGAGGAAGUUGAGAUGGAGGAUAUAAUUGAUGAGACUGUUUUGGACAUUGAUACCUGUGAUGCAAAUAAUCCCCUUGCAGUCGUGGAUUAUAUUGAAGAUCUUUACACCUACUACAGAAAAACGGAGGAUACUAGCCGUGUCUCACCUAAUUACAUGACACAACAAUUUGACAUUAAUGAAAGGAUGAGGGCUAUACUCAUUGACUGGCUUAUUGAGGUGCACGACAAAUUUGACCUCAUGCACGAGACAUUGUUUCUUACUGUUAAUCUGAUAGACAGAUUUUUGGCAAAGCAAACAGUGGUAAGAAAGAAGCUUCAGUUGGUUGGACUAGUUGCGAUGCUUUUAGCAUGCAAGUAUGAAGAAGUUUCAGUUCCUGUGGUGGGGGAUCUGAUUCUCAUAUCAGACAAAGCAUACACAAGGAAGGAAGUUCUGGAAAUGGAGAAAUUGAUGGUCAACACAUUGCAGUUUAACAUGUCUGUGCCAACCGCGUAUGUUUUUAUCAAAAGAUUCCUAAAGGCAGCUCAAGCAGACAGAAAGCUUGAGCUACUUGCUUUCUUCCUGGUGGAGCUAUCUCUAGUGGAAUAUGAGAUGUUGAAGUUCCCUCCAUCUCUACUAGCAGCAGCUGCUGUUUAUACAGCUCAGUGCUCCAUUUAUGGCUUCAAACAAUGGAGUAAAACAUGUGAAUGGCAUUCCAAUUACUCAGAAGAUCAGCUAUUAGAGUGCUCUACAUUAAUGGUUGAUUUUCAUCAGAAAGCUGGGAACGGGAAACUUACUGGGGUGCAUAGGAAGUACUGUUCUUCUAAAUUUGGCUACACUGCAAAAUGUGAACCAGCACGUUUUCUUGUGGAGAACUCGUUGUAG